AUGUACAAGACCCUGGACUUCGAUGUGGAGAUUCUGGACGCAGUCUUCAACCGACCAGGGAGGUACUUCGUCAAGAUGACCAUUCAGAGCUCGGCCACCAAGGACUACUCCAAGGUUCUGCUAAGAAAGUGGCCAGACGAGACUUUCACCAGAGACUACGAGGCGCUGACGAGUGUGGUCACACAGAAGGGCACGGAGAAUGAGCCCGAGUUGUGUGUUUUUGAGGACAAGAAAUUUACCUUUCGACUACCUGCAGGGUUCUGCAAGAACGACAGAAACCACGACGUCUACCUCCAUCUGGAGGCGUUCAGCUUGCCGACCAAUGACGUGGACACUGGCAAGAAGACGGGGGAAGGCAAGAUAGCCAUUUAUCCUCGGACCAACGCUCCACGAACUAACCACUUGGUCAGUCCAGGAGAGGAUAUGUACAGACACACAACAGUGGUGUCACUGUUGCGCGCCAACAACAAAAAAGGUCAAGGUGAAAUGCACUGUGGGAGAAUGAGAUGCAAUUUUUCUCUGAAAGAGUUCGAUCUAGAGGCGCAAAAGCGAAAGACGAUGGAAGACGAUGAAAGACAAAGGAACGAGGACAUGGAGAGACAGGAGGAAGAAAGGAAAUUAGAAUUAGAAAGACUUGCUGCUGAGAAAAAGAGGGAAGACGAAGACAGAAAGAAGAGAGAAGAACUGGAGAAAAACCUAAACGCCGAAGACCCCUUUCAGGCUCGAAACAAGGUCGUUCGCACACCAGCACCUUACGAGCAGCCACCUCCAGCCACAUUCAAACGGGCUGCAACUCCUAUCAGCGAGUGGGGAGACAGUACAUCAAUCAACCUUCCUGCCACUCCCCCUGGCGAGGGCUUUCUUGAUGAGCUGAGGACGACGAUCGAUUCCCCUCUUCGAGAAUAUGACCAGAGCUCCUACAGCGCCAACCAGAGCUGGCGCCACACUGCCAGACCAGGCCAAGAGCAAGUUGACGUCAUCAUCCACGGAGCCAGCAACCUUCCAAAUGCUUCCAAUGGAAAAGUUCCACAGCCUUUCGCCACAUUAAAAACAAAAGCAGACAUGGAUGCAAAUCAGAAGGCUAAGUCAAGGACACACGCCGUUGUCAAGCCAACCAACGCGCCAUCUUGGGAAGAAAUGGUUACAAUAGAAACAGACGAAAAGAAUUCGGAUAAAACGGGACUUGUUCUAGCCGUCAACGACUGGAUCAGCCGGGAAGAGUUAACCAAGUACAUCAUCCCUGUGUCCAGCCUGCAGCCUUUCCACCAGUACCAUGUGGAGAUGGUCACACCAGCUCGAGGCAGGCCCGAGGGUGUCAAAGUGUACGCUUCUAUCGUGCGAAAGCUGGCAUCUCUACCAGAACACGCGUCGUCCCCCAAUUAUCUGGGGCUGGAGGUGUUUCUACGGGGAGUCAAGUACCCGCUACAGAACCCUGUGGGACCACUGAUUGCGGUGGCCAGGAUCGUGCCGGACUACUACAACUACAAGAACGACAACCUGUUAUCUAACCCUCGAGCGGCAGGAGUGUCCAUGUUCAGCGUUUCGUUCCCCAACCCGCCACCUCACACGUUCGCAGUCUCUGGCAGAUCCUCACACGGCUACCCGCAGCUGAGUCUGCUGGGACGACCAGAAGAACAACCUCGCUGGAAUCACCCGUAUCUGUUCUGCGAUGAGAAGGACAAGGCGACCAUGUUCACGCCAUCCGCUGCACUGGUUAUUGAAUACUAUGUGGCAAACAAUGCAAUGACCGACGAGUUCUGGAGAAUCCAGAGUCCAGUGGGGUUUUCCUCUCUACUGUUGGAUCAGAAGGUGUACAAGCUGCUGUGUCAGGAGAAGGCACAGAACGGACUGCGGGUAGAUGGCAUCCCGAUUAUGGGCAGUGACCUCCGGUGCAGCGAUGAGAGAGUUCCGGUCAUCGACACAGUCCUCAAACUAAUAACCACACAUCAACCAACGUCCAUGGUUGCUAUGAGCAACCUAGACAAUCUUCCGGCCAUGGAGCUCCGUGAUGGGGCCGGUACCGCGGCUCAUACAGCCGACAUUCUCCAGGUGCGGACGCCCACGCCCCAGUCUGAGCACGAAGAGGAACAGGAGGAGGUCGUCGAAGAGGACGAUGGGCAAAUUGAGCCUGGGCUCUAUCUGCAGAAGGUUGAUCGCGAUCGUUUG